AUGAACUAUACUGUGGAGCAGAUCACGCCCGACGAGGCCGGCGUGGAAUUCUUCUUGGCCAGUUACAAGCCGUUUCGACUGCAAGCGUUGCAAACAGAUCCUCAGUUCUUUGGAUCCACGUACGAAACAGAAGUCGCCAAGGAGGACGAGUUUUGGCGACGGCGCGUGUCCCGCCCCGAGGCCACGACCUUUGUUGCCGUCCAGGCCGCCCCAGAUCGGCGGAUCCUCUCCUCGUUGACGCUCAUCCGCGGGACGCAGCCGUCUCCGGUGCUGGCCAUGGCCGCCGGGCUGGUCCCCGAGGAGCGCGACAAGGACUCCCGUACGCUACUGCACUGGGCCGUCAACGGCGUGUACACGGCGCGGGAUGCGCGGCGGCGCGGUAUCGCGCGCGCCGUGUUCGCACGGGCGCUGGCGUUUUCGUUUGAGACGGCCGCCGCUGAGGGCAAGUCGUGCCUGGUGUCGAUACUCGUGAGGGAGGAGAACGAAGUGGCCAUUGGAAUGUACCGGCGCAUGGGCUUCGUCGACGUGGGCUACGCCGAGGUGGACGGCAACACGGUGCUGUACAUGUUUAAAGGUCGAGAGGAACCAAACUUGGACAGUGCGUAG